UAAUACGAGGGCAAUCCAGUAAAUCAGCUCAAAACCCACCAUUUAUACACACACAACAUUUCGCAUAUUCAGUCUCUCGAAACCCUAACUCUCGCUGUUUUCACUAGGAGGCGCCUCUGCAGAUCGCUCUCUGCCUCUCUUCCCGCAGCAGUAACAAUGGUGCGAGUUAGUGUUUUGAAUGAUGCUCUGAAGAGCAUGUACAAUGCAGAGAAACGUGGGAAGCGGCAAGUCAUGAUCAGGCCUUCCUCAAAGGUGAUCAUCAAAUUUCUGUUGGUGAUGCAAAAGCAUGGUUAUAUUGGUGAGUUUGAGUUCGUUGAUGAUCACAGGGCUGGUAAAAUCGUUGUCGAACUAAAUGGAAGGUUGAACAAAUGUGGGGUUAUCAGUCCUCGUUUUGAUGUUGGUGUUAAGGAGAUUGAAACCUGGACUGCAAGGUUGCUCCCCUCAAGACAGUUUGGAUACAUCGUGCUCACAACUUCUGCUGGUAUUAUGGACCAUGAGGAAGCUAGAAGGAAGAAUGUUGGUGGGAAAGUGCUUGGUUUCUUCUACUAAGCUGGGUUUACCCUGGUUUGAGAGCGAGGUGUCCCAUUUAUGAGAACUUUUUGGAUGUAUGUUGAGACUUGUUUACAAUAGGAUUUUGUCCCAUGCGUUGUUUGUUUUUAUGCUUUUUCCAUAGUCUAGAUGUUGUGUUCACAUUGAUUAAGUCACCGAUGUGUUUUGUAGCUCUCAUCUAUCUAAUAGCAGCUUACGUUGGUUAUCAUGUUCA